CUAGUUUGUUUUGACCCUUCAUUUUCAAUUACACGUAUCCCUAUCCCAGAGGAUGCCAGAUGUCUUCUGGCUCCAGUUACGUACAUAAACGAUUUUAUAAGCCUUUCUUUAUUCUUGUUAUUUACGCUCCGGCGAAUUUAACAAGAGAAAGGCGUGAAUUUUUCGAACGACCCUUACAGUUUCAGCAAUUGGAUCCAUAUGAUGACAGGUCUUGUGUUGACCGUCUUGUGAUUGCAGGCGAUUUCAACUUUACAAUACAGUCGUCUCAAUCUUCAUCUUCCUACCGAAAUUGGAUUCAACUUCUCAGCAGUCAUUUCCAGAACGUUAUGUCUGAUCUUCGUGAUUUACACACCCCCACUUUUCGUAGAGGCGCAGUUACCAGAUCAACGGUAGACUAUUUAUCUACUACCUUAUCCGCCAAUUACAUCGAUGCUACAGUUGACUUUGUCGACCUUGAAUGGUCAGAUCAUGCUAUCCUUGCAGUUGAAUUAAAGCUUGACUUGGCUGAUUCUCACGGUCCAGGCGCUUGGAGAGCCAACCCGAUAUAUCUGGGACAUAAGGACUUCCGUCGCCGUCUUGCUAAUAUGCUAACAGAGCUUUACCACUCAGAAAUCGCGCAUUCUCGCUCUUCGCAAAUAUUAUGGGACGUGGUCAAAGCUCGCGUAAAAGAAUUUACUCGGAAAUAUGGUCGCUCAUACGUCAGUUGGCGCUCCCAACAGAUUAAGCGUUUACAAAAGAAAUGUCACCGUAUUCUUCAAAGUUCAUUGCCUGAAGGGAUAUUAGUCGAGCAUCUACCACGGGUCGAACGACAGAUUGCCUUUCUUCAGCAUGAGCUUGUUGAAAUUAAGGCUCUCAAGGCAGAGAAAACCUGGCGAGAACAUGGGGGAACCGAAGCAGGAUAUCUUAAGAAAUCUGCAUCAGUUAGAUCCGCUCAAAGGUCGAUUCUUCAACUUUGAGACCCUUCCCGGGAUGAAUUUUCUUCCUCUCAGGAUGAUCUCUUGCGCAUUUCAAGUGAUUCCUACCAACAUUUGUUUUCAGCUGAACCGGUAAGUGAUGCAUCGAUUGAUAACAUGCUAGCGCAUAUUCCUACGGACUGCAAGCUUUCACAGGCUGCGCAAGAUAGUCUGUCUUGCUCAAUUGACCUGGAUGAUAUCUUAGAGCAAUCAAAGAGGGCUCCUAAACAAAG